AUCUUUGACUCUCGCAAUUUUAUCCUUUUGCUUGUGUUCAUGCCUUGUAUAUCUAUGCCACUUAAGCUUUAGUGAACCGAUAUGUUACUAUGUCGUCUCUACUUAUGGUCCUAUUUGCUUUAAAGUUGUCUUGUAGCUGUAUGCUUUUCUAGCAUUAGAACCUGCCUAAAACUCUAAGUUUGAUGUAUGCCCUCGAUUUCUAACUAUCUUAAGUCUACUUAGCCUAAUAUGUUUGGGUAUGCCUGAAUGCUUAUACCUGUUGUUUGCCAUGGGUUCAUCUCUCUACUUGUUCCAGAUUCUUUGUGAUAAACUAGCUUAUACCCAGAAUUUGUUCUAAUGUAUUACCUCAUGCUGAGUCAUUUGUGUAAAACUUAUGGUUGAUCCAUGGAUCAUGUGAUUUAUAAGUACCAAUAUUGCCCGGACCUGUAAACAAACAUGACAUGCUUUUCUGCUACUUAUAAACUUCAAUGUGUGCUCCCUGACUUGUUCAAACCUUGUAUUGUUUAGUGCUGCCUAAGACCUCUAGAACAUAUCUCAGUGUUCAGUUCCCCUCCCUACAUGAAAUUAAUUGGUGUUAAUCUAGAUACAUGCCUGCCUUGUUGAUCCAAGUGACAUGCCUCUUGAACUUUUCUUGUUUUAUGACUAAUGUUUAGCAUGCUAAAAGUUUCCCCUGUUAAGCAAUUGCUUGAUCAUGAACUUGUGUUGUUAUAGCUUCCAUGUCAAACAUACCAUGUUAAGGUUGUGCUCUACUGAUUCUCCUGGCUUUUACGAUGAAACCUUUUGUCUAAAAUGCUUUAGGCUAGUCCUGGAUAGUGUCUUGUUUCGAAACUCUACUUGAAGUAGUCUGCUACCCCAUGAUGACUAUUCCUGUUACUUCAACUUAGUUUUCUGAAAAUAUAAGCAUGUGUGUACCUUGUGAAUGCUUCAUGUAAUCUUAUCCAUAUACCUUGGCGAGAAUUGAUGUUAUUUACAGUUUUAAGAAUUGCAGUGUGUGUGGAGUUCAAGUUGCGUAAUUAAAUCCCUGUGUAGUCUGCUUGUUUGUUAGUUUGGCAUCCAAUUGGGUAAGCAGGGUCUUCAUUUGGGCCUAAAUUUGUUGGAUCUUAUGUGUUGUUGGACAUGUGUAGGACUACGACUUCCACUACUAGACCUCUUGUUAAAACUGGUCUAAACUUCAGGCUAGUUUGGCUCUAACAUUUCAAAUAGUGCUCUUAACAUCAGUUACUUGGUGCCAUUUCUACAUAUUGAUAAUAAUGAAGAGGGGUUUGCAGAAAUAUGAUACUUUUUAGGAUAAUUUUUAAUUUUUGAUCCCCGCUUACUUCGUGGAUAAAAUUUUAAAGUUAAAAGUUAAAAGUUAAAAGUGUUGCUCAUGGGGCGAAUGCGAAAACACUUAUUGAAUUUGAAGUUAUAACCUCGGGGCAUGCCAGGACAAAAUCUAAGACUAUUUGCUUUGAGUACUAUUUGUGUACUUCAUUGGGCUAAUCAGUAAAGACCCAAUUUAGAUUUCCCAUUCAAAUGGCUGCCCAACUCCAAACGGGUCAAAAGCUAACAUAAUUCGUGUCAAUGGCUUUUGAGCUAAAAAUAUCAACAGAAACAUGAGGUCAUCAAGUAAAGAAAGCAAAAGGAAAAACAAGUAUGGUUCAUCCCCAACAAGAACCCGACCCGUUAAACCAUCAGGACCCGACUCAAGACCUUCGGGUUCCAGGCUAUCUCGUCCACCAUCAGCUGCUCUCCUUGAGAGUGAAAUUGUCACUGAUUCAAACUUGGCUUUGUUUGAGAAGCUUGAAAUUUCUUCUAAUAACAACCCAAGAAGUUUCCCGUAUAGUGUGAAGCAGCAGUGUUGGGGGAAAGCGGAGAAAGUGAAGGGUAGAGACCCGGACCGAUGGCGCCGCGACCCGUUGGGGAAUAUACUGUUUCGGAAGCUUGUGGGUUGUCCUGGUUGUCUAUGCCAUGACUAUGACCAUAUUAUUCCCUAUUCCAAGGGUGGACAAAGUACAUUAGAGAAUUGUCAGGUUCUGCAGGCGACAGUUAAUCGAUCCAAGGGGAAUCGAACUGAUAUAUCAAAGGCUGAACUUAUUCAGAGAAGUUCUUAUUGUCGGGUUUCAGGUCGUGACAUGGAUCUUCUUGAACUUUCUGCCUACGGCAAUGUCCGUCAUGGGCAAGAUUCUGGGGGAUGUAAAAUUCAUUUGUGUAGGUGCAGCCACUGGGUUGCUGUUGUUGUGUAGGUGCAGAUUAAUUACCUCUGCAAUCAUGCAUAGACCCUAAGAAGUCGUUGAGGGAGUUAUUCUUGCUCACAACCCCUUAAGCCUCAGCCGCAUUCUUCAGAGUUCAGACUCUUCACUCUUCAAUUGCUUCACAGUUCACAUUUCUCAGCCGCAUUCUUCAGCUUCAUCUUCAUUCUUCGUGUAAGUUUUUAGUUGCUUCAUCUUCAUUGUCUAAACGGAACUUCAUUGUCUAGGAAAUCGUAGAAUCAGCUUUAAGAAUGAAAAACUUCUGAGAAUAUUAAUUGUAAAAUCACAGAGAAAGUAGGUGUAGGUUAAACCAAUAUGUAUUUUGUUCAGUUGCCUUA